AUGAUAACUUUACCAUCAUCAUCAUCAUCUAUAGAAAGUGUAUUAAAGAAUAGAUAUUUAUUACACUAUAUAUUAAAUCAAUCAGUUGUUAAUAAGAGAUUAGAAGUUCAUAAUUGCUUUGCACCUAAAAAGAAAGUAAAGACACUUUAUUAUCAAUGGACUAGUAUUGAUGAUAUAAUAGGUGUUGGAGGAUACUUGGGAUUGUUAAAAGACAAGUUGGUUGAUCCCAGUCGCAGAGGUCUGAUCAUUACAUCUCAAUCUAUAUCUCUACUCGUAUCACACGGUGAUGAGGUACUCUUUAACAUACUGUACAACAAUGCUCAAUAUCGAUACUGGUUCAAUCAAAAUGACAUACUAUACGAUGCUAUAGCUGGAGGCAAUGUGAGCAUUCUCAACACACUGAUGCAACAAGAAGACCCAGUACAAAUGAGACUAGGUGACAUGGAGAGGGCAUUUGUGGCAGCUGCUCAUGGUGGUCAUACAGACAUGUUAAACAAAAUAUUCGUAUUGAACAGCACCUGUGACAAGAGAUGUGAUAAUCCUUUGAAUGCAUUCAAAGCAGCACUAGAACACAAGUAUCGACCGGACCUCAUCUCAUUCUUUCUCGUCAGGUUUGCAAACAAGGUGCCAGUGUGGAUCAAUGUGCUCAAGGAUGAGUUGCACAAGUUUCUCUGGUCAUUUGAUAUCAAGGUUGUAGAACUACUCGUGCAAAAGUUUGGAAUCCCAUUGACAGCUGCGUCGGUUGCCAUGGCUGUCAAGAAUGAGACGUUUGGAGACGACGAGACAGACCGACUAGACUCUAUCAACUUGUUCUUGGCCAAUGUAUAUACUAGACAUUUACAACAGAGUGAUCGACGACGAGUAGAUGAUGAUCCAGUCAAACUGAUUGGAUUGUUUGGAAACAAGGCCCGUGCAAGACACUCUCCCUCUGUCUUGUCAAGACACGUGAUAGCAAAGCUUGUAUUUUGUCAUUUAUGCAAGCUUGUUGAAAAGUCAUGUAGAGGUAAUGUGUUUGCAUUCAUGAUGCAGGCUACAUGUAAAACAAGGAUUGAACAAGAGGAGCUUAUGGCAAGCGACGGUGUUGGUAUGAUUACAUAUCUAUUCAAAUCAGAUGAUACUGAAAACAUGACACUUGGCGACGACGAUGGCGGUAAAUCUGUCAUGUCAUCUAUCUGUCAAUUUGGCAAUGUUGCACAGAUUCUAGAGGCAAACAAAUACAGUAGCUCUGGCAUCGACUAUCAAGCGUUGGUAAACCGACCGGGUCAACCCAAGAACCAAUCAAAUGCCCGUACACUCCAAGUAUGGAAAGUAUUAAUGAAUACAAGUAUCUUUAGCAACCAAAUACCCAAAUCACCAGAACAGUGCGCUGAAAUGUUUGAAUUCCUCGUUGACAGUCUUGGUAUCACUGAAGAGCUGACAUUUUCACCAGGGGAUCAUAAUGCAUACUCAUUCCUCAUGCUCGCCAUAUCAACGUACAAUGAACAGCAUGUCAGACUGGCAUUAAAGUGCACCGGCUCGACCAACGUAGAUAUCUUUUCCUUACCAGAUUUCAAGGGGAUCGAUUUGUUUUGGUAUGAACGUCUUGUCUCUCAAGGAUUACUCAUGCAAUCACAAGACAUUAGUGAUCAUAUCUAUCCUCCUUCCUAUUAUCCAUCGUCAUCAGGUCAAUCGGAUCGACCCAAAGUAGUACCGGUACGACUCUUUUUAGAUUCCAUCGAGACUUCAGACACCAAAGUUUUAAAAAGGUUGCUCAAUAUUGACCAACCCGCGCAUAUGGGUCCCACCACACCAAUAAUCAGUCACAAUGCAAUGGAAAUGAUCAUCGCACAUUAUUGGGACACCAAAUCAAUCGCCGAUCGGUUCUUGGAACGUCCUCAUCCAUCCAUCUACCAAACCCUAAAACAUAUGAUCUAUCAACAUGAAACAGAAAGAAAGGAAAUACUCAUUGCUCAAGGAAUAGAGGAAGAGAAUGAAUGGGAAGAAGGAGAAGAUAGAUGGACAAGAAUAUCAAGGUAUAUGAUCAACAAAGCAUACAAUGAAAUCAAAGUAUUUGCAUUUCAAUUUCUAGUUGAACAAGAUCUAGAUUUAAAACAAUAUUUUAUCAAUACCAAAAAAGAUGAAGAUCUCGUUGUAGAAAUGAUGAAUCGACAACAAGGAGACUACCAAUCAUUUGCAAUCUAUUUGCACAACUGUAAAAUAUAUGGAAAUCAUUCAAAAACAAAAUACAUAAAAUACAAUCUAUCACAUGAAAGAGUUCAAACAAAGAUUGAAAAUGAUAGAAAGAAAAAAAGAUAA